UUCGAAGUUAUCCAAUCAAUGGAAAAAUAAGUAGAAUUCCCAUGAAAUCUCAACUAUAUAACUGAAGUAACCAUGAAUUAAACCUACUUGAAGUAACAUCAGCUCAAUCUCAUGAGCUCCAAAACAACACUUCUCCCGGUGUUGUUUUUGCUUAGCAAGGGGGCCAUAGCAUUUAGGAAACUGUUCCGUGCUCUAUUGUCACUUAGGAUAUCUCCCCCAGCCCUAGGAAAACUUUUGUGGGAUUCCAUGACUUCUGACUUUCCCCUGCCUGUCUCACCCACUCCAGACUUUAAUCUUGUACUGGCCUUCUGAUGAGCAUGCACAGAGUGCUCCAAAUUCAGAGUUGCUCUGCGACAGUUCAGCUCCCAUUGACUUGAGUACAGUUGCACUUGUUUUGCUAGGUUUGGAUCUGGCCAUAUGUGUCUCAGCAGACUCUUGAUAGAAGUGGAUGUUUGCCCUGUGGGCUGUCUCUUGCUGCAUCUUAUAUACCCAGCGCAGAGGCUGUACAGUGAUUCUGUCUGCAAACUUACGUGGUUUGUGUCAGACAGCUGUGGGCAAGGUCAGCGUAAAGUAGAAUUUUGAAGUGGACAAAUGUAUUUUUAAAAUGAAAAUUGGCUAAUGGAGCGAUUUUAUUUUUUAAAACUUGUGGAACAAUAGUAAGAGGGAUUUCUCUUAAGAUGAGCUGGUGGUCAGCCGGUACUCUGAAGCCUGCAUCUUAAUAGACACAGAUUCAAGCCACAAAGGCUAUCAGGUUGAAAUAUCAUGCCCUGAGAUGGGCUGGAGGCACUUGUGAGUCUCACAGUAGAAGAGAACUCUGAGCAAACAGGCCCUUUGGUCUAUUCCCAGACCGUGGUCUCCAGCACUGCUGCAGAUUGAGAGUCCUUGUGCUGUGUCUAGCUCAUGAGUAUGGCACACAGGCCCUGUGAACCAACAGAAAGGUCUGGCUGUGUGUUGAACUUGGAGUUGAAGACCCAAUUACCUUUUAAAAACCUGUGGGCAUCAGAUUUCCAUGGAAUAGAUGUGGGGGCCAGCCUUAGCCGUUUGGUACUGUUGGUAUCAGAGAAGGUAAAAAGGGAGAAGUUCCAGUAGCUGUUACGGCCUAGUGGGGACAGGCUAUUGUCGGAUUGUUCCCUAUGUUCUCUAAUCCAGUCCAGUUCUUGCCUCAAGGUCUGAGGCUUCCAUUUACUUCCCGUGGGCAACCCCUUCCUGAUGCUCCUGCAGAAUGAAAUAUUUUAUGACCCGAGCACUGAGUUUUUUGGGAGGAGUUGGAACAGAAUGCGAGUCUUUAUGAGGGACCUCUCUAAACUGUCUGCAGAAUGGAAGAGCUGGUGCUCCCAAUAAUCCAGGGAAGCUUCUCCGUAGAGACAGCUGAUCAGUCUAAACCUACCUUCUCUCAAUUUCUUCCCAUUACCCCUACUUAUACCCAUUCCUUCCAGUCUAACCAGUUCUGACCCCCUGGAUGUUUCAAGUCCUAAGAGAAAAGUCUACCAAUCCCAGUGAAGAUUCAAGCCAGACUGGCUUUUUUUUUCUCCCAACCCUUCUUUAAAAACAUCUUAAGUCAAGGACAAGCAUCCCUACAAAUCAGGUAAACAGCUUUAAUUUUAUAACAUUUCCAAGCGCUAGAUGCAACGCCAAAAAUAGAACAGAAAAACUCCUUUGAAUCGGCCCUCCCUCCUUUAUAGCACAUUGGCCUCUGAAUUUUUCUCAAGGGAGGUGUGUUCUGCAUUGUCAACCCAAGGUCACUUUGUUUGAACGGGAGAUGCAGUCCUCCCCUUACAUAAGUGUUUCGAGGGAUGCACUCGAGUAACUCUAGCCUCGGAGUUUAGCACUGCUCAGAGCUGGAACAUGAGGCCCGUGCUUGGAAUGGCUUUGCUGUGCCUGCUGCUGCUCCUCCCCUCGGCUGCUCUGCCUAGAGAAGGAGGCGUUGGGGGAGGACUUUCACCUGCGGAAGACCUGGAAAUAACCUUUUCAAAGGAGUUGGGACUUGGAGAGGAGCAGAGAGAAAAGGAAGACGAGCACGUAUAUGAAGCAGCAGAACCCAACUUAAUGGCAUUGACAUCCAAGGCCACAGCUGCUACUCAUCUUCUGAAGAGUGACAAGCCAGGAGAUGAUGCCAAAGGAGCAAAAUGCCGUCAGCUCAUCCCUGAGGAGGCAGUUUUCCCAGUUCUAGGGUCAGAUUCCAGCCUGCCCCCUUGGCCCAUGGGUGGGCUGGAAGGGCCAGUGUGCAUGGUGAAAAUGGGCAGGAGGUACGGCUUGGGACAGAGUCACUUGGAAGUCGUGGGGGUCCUUACCAGCUACGAAAGUGAUUUCCUCAAGGUGGUGAGACGUUCAAGCUGGGAUCAAGGCCAGUUGGAGACCUUUGGGAUCUGUCCUGCUGGGGAGACCCAUUCUGCUCUCCUGUCUCUGAAACACAUCAGUGCUCACUUGGCUGACCCGGGGGAGAACAGGUUCCUUGUGCUGCAUCUUGAAGAAGUGAAGUGGGAUGCUGAGACAAAGCUCAGGUUUAAGCUGGCUUUUCAAGAGGACGUGGGGCGGUCACUUGGAGAGCUCCAGUCUGCCUUGCUGGUGUUUUAUCCUGGAAGCAGGGAAAGGAAGGGCAGCAAAGCAAGAGAGAAGCUCCUGGCAGCAGGAGAAGGGCUGCACCAGAAGCAGGCUCUCUGCCUCUCCAGGGACACCCGGUACCUGCUGCUCGGGGCCUCGGUGAUGUCUGCCAUCCGUUCACACAGGCAGCUCAGCUUCGACGUUUCCUUGGCAAUCCGGCGUCCUGGUGACGGAGGCUCCCUCCUGCCCCCCCUGGAGGCCCAGCAACUGCUCUUCGGUGCAGACGAGAAGUGUUUCACCAGGAUGACCCCAGCCUUGCUCUUGCUGGUGAAGCCGCGGUGCGAGGAAGACGCCCCGUCCCCCUCUUCCUUCCUCUCCGUGGGCGGUGUGCUGGAGACGGUCCCUUACCCGCAGCCCAGCUCGCCCACUGGCGGCAAGGCCGAGGAGCCGGCCUCUAAUGCAGCUGCUGGCCAGGCCGAUGCUUCAUCCCCAGCGCCCGGCAGCCACGACCAGUUCCUGGGCAGCCUGACCAGGUUUGUCAGCAGGGUCCUGAGCCCCUCAGGGGAGCCGCCUGCUGCCUCCGGCCUCCACCACUGGCUGGACUUCCAGACGAUGGAGACGCUUCCUCACCAGCUGCUCAACCUGUCGGAGCAGGCAGCCCUGGAGCGGCUGGUGCAGUCGGACGAGCCCCUGGUGCUCCUGUUCCCCCAGAACAGCCAGGCCCUGCUGGAGCGGCAGUUCGGGCACUGGCGGUUGGAGGGCAGCCUGCUGCAGCUGCUGCUGGAGAAGUUCCAGGCUGUCAUCCAGGAGCUGAGGGAGAUCCCAGCCUUUCAAGCCAACACUGACCUCUUCCAGCAUCUCCUGGCCUUCUGCUAUUACCCCCUGGGGUCGGGCAGCAGCGACCCCAGGGAGCUGCCCCGUGGCCACCGGAAGCUGCACACACUGCUGCUGCUCAAAGCCCUGCAGACGGUUCGCGCCCACUGGCAGGAGAAGAGGAAGGUGUCCCGGCAGAACCGCAGCGCUGGGGCCCAGGCCUGCUGCCGGCUGCAGGAGCUGACGGUCGACCUCCACUACGAGAAGUUCAUCGUCGUCCCCACGAGAUACAUUGCCAACAACUGCGAGGGCCCCUGCCGGUUCCCGCUCUCCACCCGCAUCCCCGACUACUCCUCCCACACGGUGCUGCUGAUGGGCAUGCAGGAACGGGGCGCGCCCCUCCGGCGCAGCCCCUGCUGCGUGCCAGUCAAAUACUCCGACAAGGAGAUCAUCAGAAUCACCACGGAGGGCAUUCAGGUCACGAUGUUCCCCAACAUGGUGGCAGAGGAGUGUGGCUGUCGGUAGAGACGCCCGGCCUGUCCCGUCUCUCCCUGGCGUCCUUUGGCCUUCAGAGCUUGGAGGGAGGCGACUGAGCUGAGGCUGGGGCCUGGGCUGUUGGUACCACAGCUGCCUUUCCCCAGCAAUACUGGCUCGUUGUUUCCCUCUGGCCCUGGUAGGUUUAUGGGCCCAUCGUGCUCCAGGAAGCUGAGGGCAGCCCCAGGCGUGUCUGCCCCCCUGGGCCCACAAUGGCAGCAGAGCGCAGGGGCGGCGCAAGUGACGUGUUCCUGGAGCUCGGAGGGCAGCAAUAGGCCAAAUCUGACCCCCCCCCACCCCCCCUCCAGCUUUGUUAGAGGUGGGAUGUGGAGCGGCCAUGGUGGGCAGCAGCACCCCGGCCCCUCCCUGCCUGAUGCUUGUAUGUGCAGUUAUUUAUCAAUAUCUUAUGGUUUCAUUUCCCACAUUUAGUGCUGAGUGUGCUGAGGGCAGGGGACGUCCUGGGGGAAAAUCUGUAACUGGGGGAGGGGGAGUCUGUCUGCAUACAGGAGAUUGACACAAACAUGCCUGGGCCACUGAUGGAUGCCAUGGGCUAGGUCGGGUGCUGGGCUUUGCACACAGGCCACUUCAUCAUGGAAGCAGAGAUUCAAAGCCUGUGCUGAGAGGCAGUGCUAGGGUGGGGGCCCAGGGCUGGCAUAGCGGGGGCCCAGGGAAGGCUGGGAGAUUGGGCUGGUGGAGGACGGGGUGCCGCAGAGCAGGUGUGUGGUGCAUUGGGAGGGCAGGGCUGGGAUCAGGCAGGGGUGCUGCAGGCCAGCCAUGAGGGGCAUGGCACUGCUAUGGGUGAAGCUUGCCUAGUCUCUCGAUUCAACUCCAAAUCCGCCCCAAUAUUUGUGCGGUUGAAGACAGGAAGACGGGGUAGGGUAGGGGGUUGCAGUCUGCCCCAGGGGUCUAGCAGGGUGCUGUAGGGGCAGCUAACUCAGCCCCACAUGGAGGGAGUGCGCUGUGGCUCUUGAGAGCAGUGGUUCUCAGCCCGCAGGCUGCUUGCAGCCCAUGUGACAUCCUCAGGGCCGUAUAGGGAGCGUACAUAUUGGGUGGAUGCAGCCCCUAUAACACACACAGAGCUGCACAUGCAGCCCACAAGGGCAAAUAGGUUGAGAACCAGUGCUUUGGAGCAAUGCUUUGAGGAGGCGGCUCCUUGACAGCGGAGCUAGAGAAGGAAAGAUCUGCUGCUCACCAGGGCUUUGGGGACCCUCCCUCACUUAUCGCAGCUGGCUAAUCCCAGCGCUGGUGGGCACACACCCCCUCCCCAGACCAGCCAGGGCUUUGCUUGGGUGCAGCUCACAGUCAGCCCCCUGGUGCAGAAUCCCCGAGUGACCUGGGGGCUUCUGCAGCUCCAUGGAAGCUGAUGGGAAGCUCAGGUUACAGGCCUUUGCCACGCACCUAGUGCUCUGCUGAUUCGCCUAAACUUAUAAAAAUCUUGACCCAGAUUUGUUUUUGAAACCAUUCAGUUUAAUACAUUAUUAAAAAGGACAUUUUUGCUAACUCAAUAGAGGUCAGAAUAAACUAUUUACCUCAGCUGUUUGGGGCUGCAA